AUGUACACUGAUCAUCAGGGCACUGAUGAUCAGUGUAGCCCCCCCAGCAGUGCCAUCAAUGCCACCUGUUAUUGCCUAUCAAUGCCACCUGGCAGUGCCCAUCAGUGCCACAUCAAUGCCACAUAUCAGUGCCCAUAUGAGCUGCCUUUCAGUGCCUCCUAUCAAUGCCAUCAGUGCCGCCUAUCAGUGCCAGUCAGUGCCUCCUAUCAGUGCCACCUAUCAGUACCAUAUAUGAGUGCUUCCUUUCAGUGCCCAUAAGUGAUGCCUGUCAAUGCCCAUCAGUGCCACCUACCAGUGCCGCCUAUCAGUGCCCAUCACUGCAGCCUCAUUAGGGCACAUCAGUGAAG